UCAAUAUGAAUGUACACCUUAAUAAAGUAAAGAAGAGAAAAAACGCUCCCAUCUAGUCAAGCUUUCAAAGAAUGGGGAGGUUUUCUCUUUGAUGAGUAAACCGACAAUCACUUGUGGUUUCACAGUAUCUGGUCACAGCCUUCAGUGCAUCUUGCCUGGAUCUUUCAGGGAGGAAAAAUAAACCCUGGUGCAUAACACUUCCACACGCACCUUCCUUGUUGAGGAGCCCACAGCAGGGAACACCAGAACACACGACUUAAAGAUGAGAACUUCUUGGAUGUUCUAUGGAAUUGGGAUCAUUUUUUGCAGCAUAGUUUUUGUGACUGCUUACUGGCAGGAGGAAGAUGAAGGGAAAGUUCUGGUGGACAACAAGUGCCAGUGUGUAAAAGUGACAUCAAAAUUUGUCCCAGAUAAAGAGAACCCUGAAGAAAAAGUCCUGGAGAGGAACAUCCGUAUCAUAGUUCCCCUCAACGCCAGGGAGAACAUUUCUGAUCCCAUCUCACCAGUGAGAACCAAAUUUGUCUACAAGCUCUCCAAGCUCUGUGACAAAUGCGAUGUCCCCUCGAGAACGGAAAAAGGAGUGACAUUUGGCGAGAGCACUUUAUGCGGUCAUCCCGAGGAACCCUGUUACACCUAUGACCGGAAUAAGUGUUACACGACUUCUACCUUGUUCUCCCACAGGGGGAAAACUUCAACCAUUUUGACAGCCCUAAACCCCGAAGCUUGCUAUCCGGAUUAGACAACAUGGUCGUUGUUUUGUGGAGCAUCUUGAGCAUGUCUACACCACAGAUAAAUGUCUGACCUUAUUAUACCAGAGAUUGCUUCCACUUCACAGCACAUUUGGGUGUGUGUGUGCGUGUGUGUAGGAAGUUACAUAUCCUAAGCUUUAAAAAUCUGCAAGGACCCCACUCCUUCCUUUCUCCCUGCCAUGUUGGGUAUCUGUAUUGAUCAGUAAAAAGCCAUAGAAGAGAGGUCUCCAAACUUGGCAACUUUCAGACUUGUGAACUUUAACUCAGAGUUGAAGUCCGCAAGUCUUAAAGUUGCCAAGUUUGGGGACCCCUGCCAUGGAAUUAAGAAGGGGGAGGAAGAGCUCCAAUAAAUAUUCUGUUCUCCCAAAAGAUCCUGGGAAUUGUAGUUUGGCCUGGCUGCUGGGAAUUUCCCGAGACAUCUCUCUCUCUUGGAAGCACAGCCUUCCUGGGGGAAGAGAGUAGCCAUUCCUAAGUCUUUGGUGUAGACAUUCUCGCUUUGCUCUGAACGCUGAAAAGAAGGUUUAAAAGUGAUCCAUCUCUUCCUCUGCAUCAGCAGAAUGCUUUCCCAUGAUUUCUUCCCCACAUGCUUCUUCCAAUUUAAACAACUAUUGCUUUCCCCUUAUUAUCUGCAUUCUGUACUUAACCUUUUCAUUCCUUGCAUGUCAUCAAUAAAAUAAUAAUUCAUCAGA